AUGGCAUUUGCUUCCUUAGCCUCAUCAUUGCGUCGUCGUGGAGAACACUGUCGAGAGAAUCUCAGCAAGAAGAAAUCAGGAUCUGACUGGACGCUUCCGAAACAGACCACAACCUUUACUGAUCCCGGUAGCUGGUCCAAUGUCGACUCUGACGUGACUCCUGUUGAGCAACGCACAUGGUCAACCUGGACAGUGCUGGGGUUUUGGUUCAGUGACGCGCUCAACGCUCAAGGCUGGGAGGGGGCUGCCUCGAUUAUUGCCGUGGGGCUGACAUGGAGAGAGGCGCUGUACUGUCUCAUCAUUGGCUAUUCCAUGGUCAUUAUCCCUCUCAUACUCAAUGGUGCUAUUGGUGCUCACCUCCAUGUCAAUUUUGCUGUGGCUUCGCGAGCGUCUUUUGGAUUUUACCUCUCACGGGGAGCGGUUGUUGUCCGUAUGAUUACAGCGCUAUUCUGGCACGCCAUCCAAACCUAUACCGGAUCAACAGCCAUGACUCAGAUCAUUCGUGCCAUCUGGCCUUCGUACUUGGAUAUCACAAACAAGCUUCCCGCAUCUGCAGGAAUCACCUCGCAGCAAAUGUGCUCCCACGUACUAUUCUGGAGUAUUCAGUUCCCUUUUCUUCUGAUUCCACCACACAAGCUGCGGUGGUUCUUUGUGUUCAAGACGGUCGUUGUGCUCGUGACCUCUGUGGCGAUGAUCAUCGCUCUAUGUGUCCAGGCGGGCGGUGCGGGUGAGAUUUGGACGCAAGAGGCUGCCAUUUCGGGGUCUGCCAAGAACUGGCUGAUCUUGUCAUCGAUGUCAAGUAUUACGGGGUCAUGGAUGACAAUGGGAACCAAUAUCCCAGACUUUACCCGCUACUUGAAGAAAUCCAGAGGUGUAUACUGGCAAGCACUCUUUAUGCCAUUCAUCGCAUCCUUGAUUGGCAUCUUCGGUAUCGUUGCAGCAAGUGCGGGUAAAGUGAUCUACGGCAGUUAUAUCUGGGACCCAGUUCAAAUGGCGGCCCAAUGGGAUGGACCAAGUGGUCGCUGUGGCGCCUUUUUCGUCGGUCUCUGCUGGGUCGUGGCACAGAUCGGAACGAACAUCUCGGCCAAUGUCAUUUCUUGCUCAAACGAUCUGACAACCCUCUUUCCCAAGUAUAUCAACCUUCGCCGGGGAGCUAUCAUCACAACGGUGAUUGGAGGCUGGGUCAUGGUACCUUGGAAGAUCAUUUCUUCGGCCGCCUCCCUAUUGACGUUCAUGGCCUCACUGGCCAUCUUCCUGGCACCGAUUUCCGCCAUCAUCGGAGCAGACUACUGGGUCGUCAAGAAACGGCAUAUUGACAUCCCGUCUCUGUAUCGACGCCGGGGCAUCUACCGAUACCAGGGAGGGAUCAACUGGCGUGCCGCUGUGGCCUUUUUGAUUUCCGUGAUCCCAAAUCUCCCCGGUAUGGUUCAUGCCGUCACGCCCAGUCUCUCCGUGGGCACGAUCGAGCAUCUCUACGACAUCAGCUUUCUGUGGGGAUUCAGCAGCGGCUUUGCUGUCUAUUGUGUGUUGAAUUACUUCUGGCCGGCGACCGAAACCCUCCUCGACGCGACCAUUUCGGAUGAAACCACCAUCGUGGACGGCGUGCCAGUGUACAAUAAUGGGCUGGCAAGACCGUCGGAUGAGAGGCUGGAGGAGGCAAAGUUUAUCUCGACCGCAAUCAGUAAAGUUUAG